AUGUCGGGAAUUCUACCAGACGAGUCGAGUUUUUCUGACUUCAGAAGACAGUGUUUGACAACGGAGAACUGGUAUAGCAAAUAUAAUAAGAAUGGAAUGGAGGUGUGGGUCGAGGUGCCCCCUGCAAUGCCGUCACAAGGGAACAAAAAUACUGUAAACAGAGUACACAAAAUUAAGUGCAGGAUGGACAUAAAGGACGUAUCGGCCGCCACUAUGUAUGACGUUCUCCAUGACAGUCAGUAUAGGAAACAGUGGGAUCCCACCAUGCUGGAGAGUUUUGACAUUGCCCGUUUGUCCCACAACGCCGAUGUGGGCUACUACUCAUGGAUUUGUCCGAAGCCGCUAAAGAACAGAGACGUGGUAACUUUGCGAUCAUGGCAAGUCUCUGAGGACGAGUACAUUAUUAUUAACUUCUCCGUCAAACAUCCGAAAUAUCCUCCUCGUAAAGACUUGGUGAGGGCCAUCUCCAUCCUAACAGGCUACUUGGUAAAAUCCACUGGUCCAAACAGCUGUUCCUUCACAUACCUCUCUCAGGCUGAUCCUAAAGGUUCUCUUCCAAAAUGGGUGGUCAACAAAGCAUCUCAAGUCCUGGCUCCAAAAGUCCUCAAGAGUGUGCAUAAGGCAGGCCAGAACUAUCCACAGUGGAAGAACCAGAACUCUCCAGAUCACAAGCCCUGGCUCUACCCUCUGCAGAGUGACUUGCCCAUGAUGAACCCAGCUGAGCUCGCCAUCCAGCGCGGGGACUCGCUGGAGAACGUGGACGAGAGCUCGAUGCGGGACGUUCAGGAGAACGAAGACAGCAGCUAA